AUGAACAAAAAAAUUAUAUUUUAUUUCUUAACUGCAUUGGUUGUGCUAACCUUCAAAACCGAUUCAAGUUAUUCAAUUCCAACGAUUUCUAAAUAUGAUGAGAAUUAUUGGACACCAGAAAAAAUGAAAAAUGCUAAACCCUUAACAAUUAAAAAUAUUGGAUUAAGAACAAGAAGUGGCGACGAAACUAUAAAAAAUACAACUGACUCCUCUAAAGUUACGAAAUCUAUGCAACCUUUGGAGAGAAAAUAUGAUGCAAAUACUAAGGUAGCAAAUGUAGAAGCAAAUGUAGAUCAAGUUAAUAAUAUUCCCAUCGGAAGGUUAUUUAUGAGCAAGAAUGGUGUAGAUUAUUCUUGUACCGCUAGUGUAAUCAAUACCAAUGAUGGAAAUAUUGGAUUUUCUGCAGCGCAUUGUCUUUAUCAUCAAAAUACUAGUUCAUAUUUUGAUAAUGUAAUGUUUUCUCCUGGAUAUGACAAUGAUCAAGAUGGUCCAAUUGGUAGAGUUCCUAUCGCCAAGAUGGCAGUACCACUUAGAUUUAUUAAUAAUGAUGAUGAUACAGCUGAUUACGGCAUGAUGUUAUUUAAUUUUAACGUGAAUGGCCAACCAUUAAAAUUUUUUACGGGAGCUCUCGGUUGGCAACUCGUACCAGGAGACAAUAUUCAAACAACAUUUCGCGGUUAUCCGAAUGAAGGUGAACUUGUAGGUUGUCCAAAUGAUGGAGAACAUCUUUGUACGUGGCAAGGAGUAGUGACAAGGGCAAAGAAUGAUGCUUAUUAUAACGCAAAGACUAAAGAAUUAGGAGAGGGUGCAAGCGGAGGUCCUAUGAUAAUGAAUUAUGAUCCAAAUUUGAAUUUGGGUCUUUUAUUUAGUGAUUAUUCUUCUUAUGAUGAGCUCAAUGAUCAAAUACUUGCACCUAUGAUUGACCCAAUAGAAUUCCAAGCAUUAAUAGGUGAACUUACACUUUAA